AUGUCAGCGCCAGGGGAGCAGCACAGCUGGGCUGCUAAGACCCCCAUCCUCUCAGCCACCUUGUGGCUCCUGUGCUCCGCUACGCAGGUUUGUGGAGACCAAAACCAAGGAGCUAUUUUUCUGCGUGAAUUUACAUUGAUUCGGAGAGAGAGCCUCCAUGACGAUUUCUUGUCUGACUUGCUGAAUAACCAUAAAACUGAAGAUCCGGGCACUGGAGGAGGAGAUAAUGGUUUGGAGUUACUUGAUGAACAGUUAACCAAAGCAAGUUCCAGAACAGCUCGGUCUGAAGAAGACCGAGAUACACUGUGGGAUGCCUGGGGUUCAUGGAGUGAAUGUUCACGCACUUGUGGAGGAGGGGCUUCCUAUUCACUCAGACGCUGCCUGAGCAGCAAGAGCUGUGAAGGGCGAAACAUUAGAUACAGAACAUGCAGCAAUGUGGAUUGCCCUCCAGAAGCCGGUGAUUUUCGGGCCCAGCAGUGUUCUGCUCAUAACGAUGUCAAGUACCAGGGACAGUUUUAUGAAUGGCUUCCUGUCUCUAAUGACCCUGACAACCCGUGUUCACUGAAGUGCCAAGCCAAAGGAACAACCCUUGUUGUGGAACUGGCUCCGAAGGUUCUUGACGGCACGCGAUGCUACACUGAGUCACUGGAUAUGUGCAUUAGUGGCUUGUGCCAAAUCGUUGGCUGUGAUCACCAGCUGGGAAGCACUGUCAAGGAAGAUAACUGUGGGGUCUGCAAUGGCGAUGGGUCCACCUGCCGGCUGGUUCGAGGCCAGUAUAAAUCCCAGCUCUCAGCAAAUAAACCGGAAGAUACUGUUGUCGCUGUUCCCUAUGGAAGUAGGCAUGUUCGUCUAGUGUUGAAAGGACCUGAUCACUUACAUUUGGAAACCAAGACUCUACAAGGUGUGAAGGGCGAAAACAGCCUCAGCUCCACAGGCUCCUUCCUGGUGGACAAUUCUAGCGUCGACUUCCAGAAGUUUCCGGACAAGGAGAUACUGAGAAUAUCUGGGCCUCUCAGUGCAGACUUCACAGUCAAGGUCCGUUACGCUGGUGCUGCUGACAGCGCGGUUCAGUUUAUCUUCUAUCAGCCCAUCAUUCACCGAUGGAGGGAAACUGAUUUCUUUCCUUGUUCAGCAUCCUGUGGAGGAGGUUACCAGCUGACAUCUGCUGAGUGUUAUGAUCUGAGAAGCACCCGGGUGGUGGCUGAUCAAUACUGUCACUACUACCCUGAAAAUAUUAAGCCAAAGCCAAAACUUCAGGAGUGCAACUUGGACCCUUGUCCUGCCAGUGAUGGAUACAAGCAGAUCAUGCCCUAUGACCUCUACCAUCCCCUUCCUCGAUGGGAGAGUACUCCAUGGACAGCCUGCUCCUCCUUGUGUGGAGGGGGCAUUCAGAGCCGCACAGUCUCUUGUGUGGAGGAGGACAUUCAGGGGCACAUCAGCCCUGUGGAAGAGUGGAAGUGCAUGUACACGCCAAAGAUGCCCAUUGUCCAGCCCUGCAACAUAUUUGACUGCCCAAAAUGGCUGGCCCAGGAGUGGUCUCCGUGCACUGUGACAUGUGGCCAGGGGCUGAGAUACCGUGUGGUUCUCUGCAUUGAUCACAGAGGGAUGCAUACAGGAGGCUGCAGCCCUAAAACAAAGCCUCAUAUAAAAGAAGAAUGCAUUGUACCCACUCCUUGCUACAAACCCAAAGAGAAACUUCCUGUGGAAGCUAAACUGCCAUGGUACAAGCAGGCACAAGAGCUGGAAGAAGGAGCAAUGGUGUCUGAAGAACCAUCGUUUAUUCCUGAGGCCUGGUCUGCCUGUAGUGUCACAUGUGGGGUGGGCAGCCAGGUGCGGCCUGUGAAGUGUCAGGUGCUCCUGUCUUUCUCUCAGUCUGUGGCUGACCUGCCUAUCGACGAAUGUGAAGGUCCCAAACCUGCAUCACAGCGAGCCUGUUACAGCGGCCCCUGCAGUGGGGAGGCUGCUGAAUCUAACCCUGAGGAAACCGAACUGAUCUAUGGGGGCCUCCAGGAUUUUGAUGAACUCUAUGACUGGGAAUACGAGGGCUUUACAGAAUGCUCAGAAUCCUGUGGAGGAGGUGUCCAGGAGGCUGUCGUGACUUGCUUGAACAAACAGACAAGAGAGAUUGCAGAUGAAACUCUGUGUGUGACCAGCCGCCGUCCUCCACAGCUACUGAAAGCCUGUAAUCUGGAGCCCUGCCCCCCAAGGUGGGAGAUUGGGAAAUGGAGCUCCUGUAGUCUCACCUGUGGAGUUGGACUGCAGACUCGAGAUGUCUUCUGCUCUCACCUCCUCUCAAGAGAGACGAAUGAGACGGUGAUUUUGGCAGAUGAGCUGUGUCAUAAACCCAAGCCCACCUUAGUGCAAGCCUGCAAUCGUUUUGACUGCCCACCAUCCUGGUACCCUACAGAAUGGCAACAGUGUUCACAGACCUGCGGAGCAGGCACUCAGAAGCGAGAUGUGCUCUGUAAGCAGCGCAUGGCAGAUGGAAGUUUUUUGGAGCUUCCAGAAACCUUCUGCUCCGCUCUGAGGCCAGUUGCCCAACAAGCCUGCAAAAACAAAGACUGUCCCAGCGAAUGGCUUCUUUCCGACUGGACACAGUGUUCAGUGAGCUGUGGAGAGGGCACCCAGACUCGAAAUGCCAUUUGCAGGAAGAUGCUGAAAACUGGAGGUUCUGUCAUCAUCAAUUCCUCAAUGUGCCCACCUUUGCCUCUCUCUUCUUUAGUCAGGUCCUGUGCACUAGCAGCUUGCACAAGGCACAACAGGCCGGCUCAAAAGCAAAGCCCCCAUAUUAUGGCCCUGAAGAAAGUUUACAUCCAGACAAAGAAGCAGAAGAAGCUACACUUUAUUGUGGGUGGCUAUGCCUACCUGCUGCCCAAAACCUCUGUUGUCCUCCGAUGUCCAGUGAGAAGGUUCCGUAAAUCAAUGAUCACCUGGGAGAAAGACAACAAGCGACUCCUCAGUUCAAUUCACAUUACCAUUGCACCAUACGGGUACAUGAAGAUCCACCGUUUAAAGCCUUCAGAUGCUGGGACGUACACCUGCACAGCAGGGCCAGCCCGGGAACAUUUUGUGAUUAAACUAAUUGGAGGCAACAAUAAGCUCAUCAACCAACCAGCUGGGAUUAGAGAGGAAGAGAGUACAAGGAAGUCCAGUUUGAAUGAAGCCUUGCACACUCAGGAGAAGCAUCAGAAUGGGAUUCUCUUCAAUAGGAGCAAGGCCGAGAAACGAGGGCAUCUGGCUGAUCCUAGCAGCCAGUACGAUGACAUUGUCUCAAGACUUCUGGAGCAGAGAGGCUGGCCUGGGGAAAACCUGGAAUCCUGGGAGGCUCAGGAGUCGACAGAGAGAAAUGCCUCUUCAGAGGAGGAGCAGAGUCAGGAGUACAGCCUUCCGUUUACCAUGGUCAUGGAGCAGAAACGCUUGGAUGAUAUCAUAAGGAAUUUGUCUCAGCAGCCUGAGGAACUUAAGGAUGUCUACAGCAAGCAGCUUGUUGUGCAGCUGGCUGAUGACAUCUUCAGGAGCCAUUUGGAAAAUCAAGAAUCUGUUUUCCAGGGGAGAAUUCUUUCAGCUACAGCAGAGUUCUCUUUCCGCAACCCUAUGUCUGGAUUCACCAGUUCCUUGAGAACGUCGUCUGCCAAAGCACACCUGCCUACUUCAAUGGACGUGGGGAAUGGCUCACGCAGGCCCCAUCGAAAGCCUGCAAUCCUCAGGAAGAUUUCUGCAGCUCAGCAGCUCUCAGCCUCUGAAGUUGUCACCCACUUGGGACAGACAGUCGUCUUAGCCAGCGGGACCCUAAGUGUGCUGCUUCACUGUGAGGCUGUUGGGAACCCAAAGCCCACCAUUAGCUGGGCUAAAAAUGGAGCAGAGGUGCAAUACAGUGACAGGAUACUCCUUCAGCCAGAUGACUCUUUGCAGAUUCUAGCACCAGUGGAAGCUGAUGUGGGUUUCUACACCUGCAAUGCAACUAAUGCUUUGGGAUCUGACUCUGUCUCCAUUGCGGUCACUUUAGCAGGAAAACCACUGAUCAAGGCAUCGAGAGCUACGCUGAUCAACACAGAGUCCUCCGCUGUGACGGUUGACAUUGGAAGCACAGUGAAAACAAUCCAAGGUGCAAAUGUUACCAUUAGCUGCCAAGUUGCAGGUGUACCUGAAGCAGAAGUUACUUGGUUGAGGAAUAGGAUCAAGCUGGCCCCUGCCUAUCAUCUGCAUGAUGGCUCAUUGCUGAUUGCAAAUGUAACUCUGUCCGAUCAGGGGUUAUACUCCUGCAGGGCAGCCAAUCUUCGUGGGGAGGUGACUGAAAGCACACAGCUGCUGAUUCUUGAUCCCCCACAAACCCUCCUUCAAUUAGAAGAUUUGACAACAAUGCUUUUAAUCACGGGGCCGGAUAUUCCCUCAGUGCUGACCUCUCCUUCAGGAACAAGGAUGGUGCUAAAUCCUGGAAGUUCUGUCCUCAUCGGUUGCCCAGUGGAUGGUCACCCAACUCCAAACAUCACUUGGUUUUAUGCUGGUCAACCCAUCAGCAUGAGACAUAACAUCCUGGCAGCUGAUCAGAUUCUUCAGCUACUAAACAUCAGUGAUGGUUAUCAAGGUGAAUUCAGCUGCCUGGCUCAGAAUGAAGCUGGCUCACUUAUGCAAAAAACAUCUCUGACAAUCCGAGAAUAUUGGUGGUCAGCGGACAGACUGAUGGCAUGUUCGGCCUCCUGUGGUAACAAAGGAGUGCAGCAACCCCAGCUGAGGUGCUUACUGGACAGGACUGAGGUCAACGCAUCCCACUGCAUAGAGAAGCCCAAGCCAGUGCUACAGCCUGUUGCUUGUAACAGAAGAGACUGCCCUUCAAGGUGGAUGGUGACAUCCUGGUCCCUUUGUACACGGAGCUGCGGUGGAGGGGUCCAGACCCGGCGUGUGACAUGUCAGAGGUUGACCGCUAUGGGCAGUUCUGUCCCCAUGUCAAAUGAGGCAUGUGCCCAGGUUGCCAAACGCCCAGUGGAUACCCAGAUCUGUAACAGGCAGCUGUGCAUGGAGUGGGUGGCUUCCUCUUGGGGUCAGUGUAAUGGGCCGUGCAUUGGACCACGACUAGCUGUACAGCACAGACAGAUUUUCUGCCAGACCAGGGAUGGGAAUUCUGUGUCUUCUGACCAGUGCGGUGCCCUGCCAAGGCCUUUGAGCACACAGAACUGCUGGACAGACAUCUGUGGUGUGCACUGGAGGGUCAGUCUGUGGACUCUGUGUACAGCUACGUGUGGGAACUAUGGCUUCCAGUCCAGGCGAGUGGAAUGCGUGCAUGUCCGCACCAACAAACCCGUGCCGGAGCACUACUGUUCCUGGAGGCCAAGACCUGCCAACUGGCAACGCUGCAACAUCACCCCCUGCGAAAACAUGGAGUGCAGAGACACCACCAGGUACUGUGAGAAGGUGAAGCAGCUCAAACUCUGCCAGCUCACCCAGUUCAAAUCUCGCUGCUGUGGGACUUGUGGAAAAGCAUGA